AUGCCUCUUCUGCCAUUGCCAAAAAGGGAGGCCACUCAGUCCAAGUUGGAUAGCCUCUACUUGAGGUUGAAGGACGUGUACAUACCAACUCGAGAUGGCAGUGAGCUUUGCGCUGAUAUCUUUCUACCCUUGAGUGUCGAACAAGAUGUGAAAGUCCCAGUCCUCUUAUCCAUGUGUCCCUAUGGCAAAGAUGUCCAUGCCCUUGAAUGGGGAUUGCCACAGACGGACAUUUACGCCAAAAUGAAUGCCAAAAUCAAACCUGUAGGUCCUGACGCUGGGUUUGAGGCCCUCGAUCCACUACUCUGGACCAAAGAAUUUGGAUACGCUUUGAUAAGAAUCGAUUGCCGGGGCGCGGGCGGAACGCCAGGAAUGCUUGAUCCUUUUGGGCUCCAGAGAACACUCCAGUCGGGCCAGGAUGCAGAGGGAAAUGACCUCUAUGAUGCCAUCGAGUGGGCUGCACGUCAAUCAUGGUGCAACGGAAAGGUGGGAAUGAGUGGCAUCAGCUAUCUCGGAAUGGCCUGCUGGUGGGCAGCGCAACAGAACCCGCCAUCUCUUAAAGCAGUAGUGCCAUGGGAAGCUGGAACGCAUUGGUGGAAGAACUGUGUGCUUCCAUACCAACAUGGCCGUUCGGAAGGUGUGUCAGAGGACGAGCUUCAAAGUCAUCGAGUGGACUUUUUGAAAUACCUUAGCUGGGAAUUUCGUAGCGACGGCUCAUUCCCGAUUCUCGACCGCUUCAGGAGGUUCGAUAACAUAAAAAUUCCGUUCUAUUCCGCUGCCAACUACAUGGACACCGAGGUUCAUGCCCCUGGAAAUAUUCUAGGUUAUAUGUGGGGCACGUCACAGACAAAGUACCUAGAGACACACACGGGGGAUCACCUUCACGCCUUCUACAGUCGAGAUGGAAUAGAUCGACAACGACGCUUUUUGGACCACUUCCUAAAGGAUGACGGCAAAUCUCUACAGGGAAUUCCGAAGGUUGAUCUGCUCGUCAGAAAAGGUGCAAGGACUUAUCGGCGUGCCGAACAAGACUUCCCUCCGUACGAUACUGAGUAUAAAGAGUACUUCUUGACUUCUGACGGGCAACUCUUGGAUGAAUAUCCGGGCAGCAACAAUGAGAUCAUAGUUGAGUACACAGGUCUCAGUAGUUCAAAGCUGUUCUCUACCAAGCCUCUAGACAAGAACUUCGAGCUAUUGGGGUUUCCCUACAUGGUUCUCGACGUCGCAACGACUGCCAAAGACAUGGACCUAUUUAUAACGAUGACAAACAUGGAACCGAACGGGCAUUUGGUUCAGCUAGAGGGUAAUCACGGCGAACCAUCCGUUGCAGUAACUCGUGGAUAUCUACGAUUGUCGCAUCGCGAGCUGGAUGAACAGCGAUCCACGGAGCAUCUUGUGAUUCUUAGCCACCAAAGCUCAGCGUCAGUGGAACCAGAUACACGAUACCAGAUCAAGGUUCCCGUACAGGCAACAAGUAUGGUAUUUGAGAAGGGCCACAAAAUCCAGAUAGAGCUAGGUAGUCGAGACAGCGAUACUUUACUCGACGUGAUGAAGCACCAGGGUUUCGACCGUACAAUAGAUCGCUUUGGAGGGAAGAACACAAUUUUUAAGGGUAGUAAGAUUAUCCUGCCUUUUGUCAGGCGCAUCGAUCAAUAA